AUGAGUUUUAACUUCAAUGCACUUAGUAUUGUUAGUGUAUAAAAGUUAAAAUUCUACGUAUCGAUAUAUCCACUCAUCAAACAUAUAUACACACACUAUCACAAGUCUAACCAACUCAGAGACAGAUCCAGGAUUUCGGCGAUUCUUGGUUGCUACCGAAUCUACAGUUCAUUUACGUUAUUAGGUUCCUAGUUUGCUAUAUUUUUACAUAUCUAGUAAUUUUUUUUACCUCACAAUAUAGAGUUUUGAGUCAAAGCUACUGAAUUCUGCCCAACUCGUAUCAUAUUAUAGCGUGCAUGCGCGUUGAGGAAGUUGUAAGAAGCACACUAUACAUAGGCACAUAUCGAAUAUCGAUAUAUCCACUCAUCAAACAUAUAUAUACACUAUCGCAAGUCUAUCCAACUCAGAAACAGAGCCAGGAUUUUGGUGAUUAUUUUAGUUACUAGUAUCAUAUUAUAGUAGUGUGCAUGCGCGUUGAGGUACACUAUACAUCGACAUCAUGUAUAUUCGUUAGAGUUUAACUUUGGGGCACUAACAACGUACAUAUAAAAUUAUAUGAAAAUUAUGUUCUCAGUAUAUAUAGGUUAAAUUCUACGCUAGCUUAUCGUCACACACCCUUUAUGUAUAGAGGAGUUUAACUUCAGUACACUGACAGAUCGAGUAUUAAAGUUAUGUUAUCGGUAUAUAUAUAGGUUAAAUUCUACACUUAUUGUCACAUGCACAUCCUUCAUGUAUACAGGAUUUUAACUUCAAUACAGUAAAUUAUAAAUAUACUAUAGACAUAUUUUCCCCACACAUAUAUAUAUGGAUGACCCUUCACAUACUACUAGUGGCCAACUAGUACUACCAAACAUCAUAGUUGACAACAAAAAAUGUGUUAGAACUAUUACCAAACAUCCUAUAUAUCGUGGAAUACGAUGUAGAAGUGGAAAAUGGGUUUGUGAAAUUAGAGAACCUGGUAAGACAACAAGAAUAUGGCUAGGUACUUACCCUACACCACAAAUGGCUGCUGCUGCCUAUGAUGUUGCUGUCUUAGCACUUAAAGGUUGUCAAAAUGUUGUACUAAAUUUUCCUAAUCAUGUUGAUUCAUAUCCAAAGCUCCCUCCCUCACCAUCUAGGGAAGAUAUACGUCGUGCCGCGGCUACCGCGGCAGCGAUGAUGGGUCAGAAAGGCGAUGAGGAUGAUGAUCGGUCGUCUGGGAGUAAGGGCGGCGAAGAUACGGGUAAUGAAGGGGGUGGUUUGAUUGAAUCUUCUUCGUCGGAAAAUUAUGCUGUGGACAUAGAAGAUAUACGAUGUGUUGCGGGUACCGAGGAAGCGAUGAUGGGUCAAAAAGGCGAUGAGGAUGAUCGGUCGUCGGGGAGUAAGGGCGGCGGAGGUACGGGUAAUGAAGGGGGUACUUUGAUUGGAUCUUCUUCGUCGGAAAAUUAUGCUGUGGACAUAGGAAAUAAGCAGGAAUAUGUUGAUGAGGAAGAAUUAUUUGAUUUUCCAAGUUUGCUUGUGAAUAUGGCUGAGGCAAUGAUGCUAAGUCCCCCAAGAAUAAACUCAACAUCCAUGGAAGAUUAUUCACCAAAAGACUCAAAUGUUGAUAGUCUUUGGAACUAUUAAUAAGCAGAGACGAAUUUAGAAUUUAGAGUUAAUGAAUUUAUUAUAUGCAUAAGUAGCGGUAUCUUUUAUAUUUGUUUAAAAUUGUAUUAUUUUGAAUAGUGUAAGGGUAAAAUUGACCCUUUUUUUUCUUGUUUCGAAUCAACGGUUCGAAGGAAAGGUAUUAUCCAUGAUCAGUUUUGAAAGUUGGAGGGUAUUUUUGAGCUCAGAUUAUAAUC